AUGUUUCCCACAAGAGGUCAGUUAAAGGUUCACCUGAAAUCACACAGCAAGGAGAAGAUCAUGUGCAGCGAAUGCGGUAAAGGAUUGUCAUCUCAAGGAGCUCUGAAGAGACACAUGUUAAUUCACACUGGAGAGAGACCGUACGGAUGCUCAGAGUGUGGAAGAACCUUUAACAAAAGGAGCAUUCUCAGGGCCCAUCUGACAACCCAUUCAGUCAUCAAACCAUUUGUCUGUGGGGUUUGUGGGAAAGGGUGUGCUCGCAAAGAAUACCUGAAGGUCCACAUGAGGACCCACAACGGCGAGAAACCUUACCAGUGCACCGUCUGCGACAAAGCCUUCACUCAGAGCCACUGUCUGAAAACACAUAUGAAGAGCCACCAGAGGGAAUAA